UUUUAAGAAAAUAUGGGCAAAACUAAAGACAAGAACAACCUCGGUUGUUCACUGACCAACUCAAAGAAGCCUCCAAAACCCUCUCGCUCACAGAAGGCAAAAAUGUCCGCAGCCAAAGUAUUAGGCCACUCUUCGAUAACAGAUCAGAACAAUCUGAACGAAGUGAUCGAUAAGUUAGAUUACGUAAGCAUGAUGACCUCAAAUCCGGAUUACGUAACAAAACCGAAAGAAAGCGUGGCAAUUGAAGAAGGUAGUGAUUGUAGUGAAGAUUACCAAGACGUUUCUUCUGGAGAUGAGGAGGAGGAAGUGACGUCAGAUGUGGAUGGUGAAUGUUCUAGAACGAAUAUAACUGGAGACGGAGAAGCAACUUUAGUAAUCAGAUAUCCAGAUAUGGAGGGUCCUAUAUCCAAGAUGGAACGUGAACUGGCUCACAAAGAGUCAGAGGACAAACGGAAGUUUCUAGUGAUUCCUAGACGUCCAAAAUGGACUCCUGAGACCAAGCCAGACCAGCUGACUCUUAUGGAGAGUCAAUCAUUUGCAGAGUGGAAGUACAAAAUAUCACAGACAGUUCAGAUGUUGAAACAUUGUGCAACUACACCAUUUGAGAGGAACUUGGAUUUCUGGCGACAAUUGUGGCGUGUGGUAGAAAGAAGUGAUAUAGUUGCGCAAAUUGUAGACGCCAGGAACCCACUUUUGUUUUUCACCGAAGAUCUCUACGCUUAUUGCUCUGAGUUCGAAAACCCCAAAAAGUUCUUCCUUCUAAUUAACAAAGCCGACUUCUUGACAGAAGAUCUGCGUAAAAUGUGGGCUAGUUACUUCAACGAAAGAAAUAUCAAGUUCAAAUUCUUCUGUGCCUUGAACACCGACCAGGGUUCAAGUAUUGAUAACAGUCAGAGCUCUAUCAUAUCAGGAAAUGAACUAAUUCAAUUCAUCAAGUCUAUUGAUUUGGAGUGUCAGUUAAACGAGACUUAUAGAACAUGCGGUUUUAUUGGGUAUCCGAACGUCGGAAAGAGUAGCACGAUUAAUCAUUUAGUUGGAGCCAGCAAGACAUCGACGUCGGCAACUCCUGGAAAAACUAAACACUUUCAAACUCUGUUUAUUGACUCAAAUCUCUGUCUAUGUGAUUGUCCCGGCCUGGUCAUGCCAAAUUUUGUGAAGUCGAAAUCGGAUUUGCUGACAAACGGGAUUCUACCAAUUGAUCAAGCAAAUGAACUGGUUUCUCCAAUCGAGUUAAUUGGCCAACAAGUUGGAUGGGAGAAGUUGUGCAGAAGCUACGGUUUUCCAUCUGACCGGCUCACAAAACUGAAUUCGGAGGGUUUUCUGUCACAUUUUGCUGUCACCAGAGGCUAUGGAACAUCAAGAGGCAAUCCGGAUCUUUCAACAAGUGCAAAGCAUGUUUUGAAGGAUUUCGUGAACGGCAAAAUAGUCUUCUGUCACAAACCACCGUCUGAAAAUGAACCUCAAAAGGCCUCAGAGACACACACGGUACAUCAGUCAUCCUAUUGCUCUGUGGAGGCUGAAAUCCUUCCCGCGCCUCUGUCCGUAAAGCGAACUAACGAGGCUCUCGAGGCACGAAUCGACUCGCAAUUUUUCGCUUCAGCUGGAGGAAAUGCGCAUAUGAAGGGAAGGGCUGGAUCCCAAUUAGAGGACAAUGGAAAACUGUCGAAGAAGCAUCACAACAGAAACAAGAAGGAGAAGUUAAGGAAGGUGUACAGAGACUUGGAUGCCUACUGAUUUGUAAAAUUGAUGAUUGGCAAUAUUUACUAAAUAGAGUAGAGUUUAUUCUUAAUCAGUAUAUAAGUUUCUAUACAGAGAAGAGGAAAACCAGCUUG